UACUGAUAUUUCUCUAUACAGUAGAACUCCAAUUAUCCGAACUCCGACUAUCCGAAUCGCCGAUUAUCCGAAUCACAAACAAGUCUUGACUUGACUUGUCUUAACUUGCCGUUGUGCCUACACUGACUUCCCCCCGCGUGUGUAGGCACAACGGCAAGUUAAGACAAGUUCCGGCGCAUUGCAGUCACGGCGCACCUGUCAUUGUUUGUUUUGAUUAGCCAGUGUGCUAUUGACCUUGCUCGAGGACGCUACUCUUUCGCUACGGCUUACUUUUGUUUGUGCGUGUACAAUACGUAUGUACUGUAUUGUUUUUAUACCAUGGCUUCGAAAAGAAAACGUGUUGUGCUAUCGUUAGCGGACAAACUGAAAAUUAUAGAGCAACUCGAUAAAGGUGUAACGGGUAAGAAGUUGUCUGAGAUUUAUGGUGUUGGACAAGCAACAAUUUCUGACAUUAAAAACAGUAAGUCAACACUUUUAAACUUUGUUUCGGUGCUUGAAAAUGAAGAUGGAAGUUCCUCCAGGAAAACAAUGAAGACAGCAACCAACAAAAAUUUGGAAGAUGCCGUGUUUAAAUGGUUUUUGCAGCAACGUUCUAUGGGAAAUCCGAUUUCAGGUCCAAUCCUUUGUGAAAAAGCCAAAAUCUUAGCAGAAAAGCUUGGUUAUUCAUAUUUUAAGGCUAGUAACGGCUGGCUAAGGAAUUUUAAAUUCAGGCAUGGUGUACGCGAGUUAGAUUUGGCUGGUGAGAAGCUUUCAGCAGACUCUGCAGCUGCUGAAAAUUUUAUUGAAAAAUUUAAAACUGCAUCAGAAUCCUAUGAUCCGGAGUUUGUUUAUAAUGCCGAUGAAACUGGCCUUGUUUGGAAAGCAUUACCAAAAACCACUUUGGCUUCUAAAAGGGAAUCUAGUGCCCCUGGACAUAAGGUCAGUAAAGAACGUGUUACAGUGCUUAACUGUGCCAACUCCACUGGAAAUCAUAAACUGCCACUUCUUUUGAUAGGAAAAUCAAGAAAUCCAAGAGCAUUUAAAAACGUAAAAAAACUUCCACUCUUCUACAAAAGUCAACCCAAGGCCUGGAUGACUGCAGCUUUGUUUACCGAAUGGUAUGAUGAAGUGUUUAUUCCUGAAGUGAAAAAGCACCAAAAAUCGGUGGGAAAAGAAGGCAGUAAGGUGCUUUUAAUUGUUGAUAACGCACCCACUCAUCCUACAGCAGAACUGUUGGAAAGAGAGAAUGGGCAGUUUAAAACGACGUUUUUGCCUCCCAAUGUUACAAGUUUGCUGCAACCCAUGGACCAGUCUGUUAUUGAAACAAUGAAGCGCCAUUACAGAAGGCAACUGCUGAGAAAACUGCUGAUCGAAGGUGCUGAAGAUGAAGAAUUGGUUUUGGCAAAUCAUAGCAAAAUAAAUUUAAAGGACUGCUGUUACAUGGUAGCGGAAGCUUGGAGUUUGGUUACGGCACUGACGCUAAGACGUGCGUGGAAUAAACUGAAAGGCCUACCGUCUGAGAAGAACAAAAAAAAAGAAUCUGAAGAAAAUGAGAAACAAGAAUAUGGAGAGGAUGAUGAUGAUAAAGAUGCGUUGUCACUAGAGGAAAUAAGAAAAAUGAUUGUAAAAAUUCCUGGUUGUACAGAAGUAAGUGCUGAAGAUGUAGGAGAGUGGAUGGCUUGUGACACGUCUGACCCUGGUUUUCAAAUUCUCAAUGACGAUGAAAUUGUUGUAAGUGUGAGAGAAGAUGUUGAAGUGGAAGUGGAAGAAGAACUUUCUGCUGAUGUUGAAGUAGACGCUGGACCAUCAGCUAGUGAAGCAUUUGCCGGCCUCGAGACUGCUUUGAAGUGGAUGGAGCGUCAGCCCGAGUGUGACCACUUGCAACUGCUCACCGUCAAGCGAAUGCGUGACCUGGCUGCCCGAAAACGGUUGAAGACCGCAAAACAGCUUACAUUGACGGAGAUGUUUAAAAAACAAUGAUUUUUAUUUCUAAACUUGUACAUAAGUACAUUUUAUUUAUAUUUAAAACAUGUGAAAAUUUCAUGUUUCUUUCAUUUAAUUCAAUAAAAAAAUAGUGCAAUAUCAAAACGUAGCUUUUAUUCUCUCCAAUGGCAAUUUUUUUAAAAAAAAUCCGAUUAUCCGAAUGUUUGAUUAU